GGCUCGAGGGGGAGUUUGCAAAAAUGACCGUUUAUCGGAUUUCUUCUUUGUGUAGAAAUAAAUAUUAGUUUGGGUGUCCAUUUGAAAAAAAACCGUGCGUACUGUACUGUGGGGAUGAGUUUGGUCUAGUUGUAAUUUCUAGAACAUUGAAGGGCUUUUUUGCAAAACAGUCAGGGCUCGUGCGCGGGUCGGCACGCGUCCGCUUUUUCGCAGGGAACACGGGGAGGAGCCGAAAGGGCGGUAGGUUUUAACCAUUCAUAUUGUCAUGUAUCGUAGUAACAUGCAAUUGGUGGUACAUAUUGUCUCGUUCCAUAGCUCACCUUUUAAUUAAUUUUCUGAAGACUCACCUUUUAAUUAAUUUUACAUCAUGAAACAUGCCAAUUUGCAUGUGGGCUAGCUUGGUCGCACGGGCUGAGCACGCAUCACCGUCCUCCUUAGCGUCCACAUCCACCCACACAAUAUUAUAAAUAUUUUGAAAAAUAUGCUCCAACACUACAUUAGACCUCUGUUUCUAAGUUUUUCAAACAUAUAUACCGACCAAACACACCUAGGCAGAUGCCUCUAAUAGCAGCAAAUUGCAUAUUUCUUAUCCAUCCACAAGAAGUUAGCUUACACACCUUCCACUAUUUGAAUUCCGUGCUAUAGCAGAUGGAUGAUGGUUAAGAUGACCUGUGAGAGCAAAAGGUGGUGGUGGGGGAAAUAGUGUUUCGCAGCCGUCUAUCCAAUCUGAGCGAGAAGCAGGGGCGGGUCUAUAUUGUGUCAAGGGUAUUCAACUGAGUAACUAUGCUUUUUGGCAAAACUUUUUAUAUACACUACUGGAAAAUGGGCCAAAGGUCCAAGCCAAAGGUACCAGCUACUGUUGCAGCCGGUACUGGACUGGACGCAAAGGAGGGAUAUUGGUACCGGGUCGUGGCACGACCCGGUGCCAAUACUAGAGCCCAGGCACCGGGCGGUGCCUCCAACCGGUACCAAAUGACGACGGCAUCAAAGGCACCAGUUUGUGGCAUCACCCGGUGCCUAUUGUGCAGCUAAAGUCACCGAGCGACCCAGUGCCGGACGUUCCUCCGUCUUUAGGCACCGGUUGGUAAUAUGACCCGGUGCCCAUGCGCUAGAUUUGGCACCGGGUCAUUAGCACCAACCGGUGCCUUUGGCCCGUGCCUAUAUAUAGCCCCCUCCCCCCUCCAAUCUGCUGUGAACUCAAUGUUCAUGGCAGCCAAGUGAGGGGAGGGGAGGGGAAUUUUUGCAAUUUUUUUGGAAGGUUAGUAUUUUUCCCUCCAUGAUUUAGAAAUUAAUUGUUAGAUGUAGUUAUUUAGUUUAUUGUUUAUUUUUUUCCUCCAGGGCGGCGCCCGAUGUGCAACAACAACUCCAGAUUGAGGCACCAGCACCAAAGCAGCAGAGGUAUCCAGUCGAUGAUAUCACCAUUCCAACAACAUGCGAGCUCCAUAUGAGAGUAAAUAAUAUAUCUGUUCAGGUAGCACACGGGUCUGCCCUACCCGUGAAUCUAGCUAGUACAAUUCAUGGAAUGCCGAUACCCCCUGGCUACGCCUCCGUCACAGUUGAGCAGAUAGUUGAACCGACCCAUAUUAAUGAGAAUCUCGAGCUCGAUUUUGUUGGAGGUGAUGGAGAGAAGACGUUGGGAGACGCACUACAUGGGAUUGUUCUAUGGCGCAAGGCCGACAUCAAACUAAUUGCGAACAACAAGGCUCCCGUGGAUCCGCCUCCCUCAGCACCAUCUCCGCUCGACUAUGGUAAUGUUAAUCACGAUCCAACUCCCUCAUCUGAGCAGAGGGCCGGUAGUACUCCAACUCCUCCGGCACCGGAAGGAAAAGGAAAGAAAAAGACAGCAUCCCUCCCACUGCCUGGACCCACAAACAAGAAGCAGAAAAGGGUCGAAAAGAAGAUAGGCCCUAAGAAGAAAUUAGCUUAUGAGCUGACCCAAGAGGAACUUGACGAGGAAGUGGAUCGCGAGGUGAAAGAACAUUUCAAACCUAAAGGCCCAGAGAAGAGGGUACCGGUAGAUCGAGAAAUAGCAGUCAAGGUCUACUCAUGCUUGAACAAUCCACCAGGACCGAAACAACUACCCUCGGACUUUGAUCGCACUCUGAUAAAGGCACAGCAGCAGAGAAAAAAUAAGAAAUGUGAAAAGACUGUUCCUCAGCUUGGCUCAGUACAGAAGCAACUCGAGCCCCUCGUGGCGGGGAGGCAACCAAAUGAAGCAGAGGCGGAAUUUCUUCGCGAAACAGGAUUCACGCUUGAUCAGGCAGCGGGGACGGCAGAUAUCUCAAUUGCUGAAGUUGUUGCUCAUCCAUUCAAGCUUGGAAAGCCUCUUGUCACUGAGGAGGACGAGAUCAAACUAGGCACACAGAUGUUCAAUUUACACAGACAGUACAUGCGCAUGUCCAACGAAGAAAUGGAUAUGUUUGGAGUUAAGUAUCGUGACUAUGAUUUCUAUCAUGGGGAGGACGACUUCUGGGUCUACUUCGAAGAUCUACAUGCCAUAUAUCAUCAAUAAGCCCUAGACGUCUCUAUCAUCACCAUUUGGGUUCUUAUGAUGCUUCAAAGAUGCCGGAAAAAAGGAUGGCAUCAUCAGGUGGGCUUCAUGAUGCCGUUGAUAAUCAACCAGAAAACUAUUAACGACAACUACAAGGAGACGUGUCAAAACAUGUACCAUGCCCUGAUGCGCCAACAUUACAAAUCUUAUAUAAUGAUAACCUACAACUAUGGUUAUCAUUGGGUUUUGCUCAUAAUUUGCUUGGGGAGCGGCAAUCUUACAGUGUUCGACUCCAUGAGGUGCCCGCAGUCUGCAAUCCAAUACUUCUUAGACCCAUUGAACAGGGUGUGGAAACAAUUUGUAAAGAAGAACAAAGGAGUCGGUGGAGGGAAGACGCAAUUGGAUGUUAGAAUGGAUUUUCCGUGUGCGAGACAACAAUAAGGAACUGAUUGGUGUGAGUACUAUGUAUGCGACUACAUACAUGGUCUAGUAGAAUGCGGGAAAGAAACUUCGGCGGAUGCCAGACUCGCAGGAUUCAUUGUGAAGGAGAUCCUGGAUCCUAGAGGCGAGUUCUUCCAUGACGGACACAUCAAUAGAGGGUCCUCUUGAAACUCUUUAGGGAUUAGUAACUGCAGUAAAAACAUGAUUUGUAUAUUUGUAAAUAUUUUUAAACGUGAUGUCUUGUUGUUUACAUAUUUGUAUAUAUAUUGUAAUUGCUAGCUAACUUAACUAAAUGCUUGACUUUGACUUUUAGUUAAUUUC